CGCCUUGAUAGUUGCUUCGUUGGUUUGUUGCUCACAUAUGAAAAACAGUAUUGGAGUGGCUAAAUGUCUUGUGCACACCAUGUAGUAAUGUUGAAUUUUAGCUAAGGCCACGGCAGAAGCCGGCAAAACUACUUUAGACAUCGAUGGCUAGAUUAUCUGACUUCGGCUUUCGCCGUGAUUCGCUGCUUCGCGACAAGGAACGGGAGCCCUAUAACGGCUAUAUCACGGCUACUGUGCCAUCGAUUGACAGAACGCCAGCCGCUCAGUGGACUUUCCUCAACGGCAAGUUAAAGUUCGGUCCCGUGGAAUCUGGAGCUGGCUUUAUUGUUUUGUGCUUUUCUUGGCUAGUGUUUGCUUCUAUCCCUGAGAGAUGGGUUAUGGUGUUAUGUUCGCUUCUUCAACACCUGAUCACAACAUUCUUACCGUUAGUUUGUUUGGUGUGUGUAUUUUACUGGGCUGAACUUCUUGUACAGAAAUAUUGUAAUAGUCGCGUGUCGCUAGUCAUAUUUCCAAUUUGUGCGGUGGGAGAAUUUUGUACACAAGUACUUUUCGACGGCUCGGAUAUCCUGCGAGCUAGUUUUUUGUUUACACUUAUUCUAGCCGGCCUUAUUACGGCUACUCUCUCUCGUCUAAAACUCAUUCCAGCCAUCGUUGUCCUAUUGCUUCUAACUAUCGCUAGAGUGUCUUGUUGGAUUACACUGCACGAAAUUCACGCCUGGUUUCGACCAUUCCUGGCGUAUUUCUCGGCGUUCAUUGGACUCGUUUUGUCGAGAAAUGUCCAAGCAUUUUUUGCACAAGGUCCUACUGAAGUCGAAAGCAAAGUGCCAAUAAUACGGCGGACUCGACGCUCAUCUAGUGUUUCAUCAACUAGCAGCCAUAGCAGUCGUAGAAGGACUUCACUUCCAGCGCUUGGGAUUCAAAGCAAGGGAAUCGUCGACCAGACAACGCUUGGAGAGGCACAUGGAAUGAUAACAGACCUGCUAGCCGACUCCAAUUUGGCGCCAAAUGUUGCAAGUACACUAAAAUUAAUAAGUACAAUGAUAGCACCUCCGACUGCCUUCCAUGGGGGACCACGACCCUUUAUGGGGCCAAUGACUCCACUACUCGAGAGAUUCCAAGAUGAAAGUAUGGUCGAGAAAGUUAGUGAUCAACCUGAUCUCAAAGAAGACGUCACAUUACCUAUGCGUUUACGAAGAAGUCUCGCGCCUGGUCGUCGCAUGUCAAGUACAUACACGACUACAACCUCGGCAACCGGCAUGCCGACAGUUGACCCGGAUAUGAAUAUCCUAAGGACACCUACGGUAUCCGUGUCACACGAUUCUAUUGUUUCUAUCAGUCCUAAAAGUCCUUUAGCAUCCGAUGGAAGCCCUACGCGAAAUCAAGAAGCAUUUACGAAACAUCGACCUGCAUUUUUCAGCAAUGCUUUUCCUGCUCAAAACACCAGCUCUACGAACAUGUCACGAAUAUCACCCGAUCGAACUAAUGCUCCGCCUUCGCCGAACUUCGGCCGAAGAUCUCCCGAGCGGCCGCUCGCACAGUCGCCAAGCCUAAUUCGCAGAAAUUCUGACAAAAUUAAUUAUAUAAGACAUAAAAGUAAGGAAGAUUUACGAGACGUUUCCGAGAGAAACGAUAAAGAAAAUGAGAAGGAAAAGUAUGACAAAAUUAACAGCUUGUGUAAAUGCAAGUGUCAUGAAAAAUGUACUGUUGAUGAUGAAAAUACUGGGRAAAACCUUACGGAGGUAGCACACGAAGACUUUGUGAUAAAGACUGAUCCACAACUGUCUAAUUUACUUGAUAAGAUUGAUGACUGGAAUUUCCUCAUAUUCGAUGCUUGCAACUAUGGAAAUAUAUUGGUGCAGGUUGCGUACCGUGUCUUCCAAAAUGUAAGAUUUUUUGAAACAUUUAAGAUUCCUGAGAGAAAGUUCCUCACCUAUUUUUACGCACUGGAGUGUGGAUAUCAUGAUAUACCAUAUCACAACAGCAUCCACGCAUGCGACGUCUUGCAGGGAGUUUACUAUCUCACAACAUCAAAAAUCCCCGGUUUCUGCCCUCCUGGUGGCCGCAAUAACAAGCUAGACAGCGACAGUGACUGUGAUUCUGACAGUGGUAUCACAGGAGCGAGCGUGGAUGCCAUGAAUAUAGGCGAUAAGAAAGAGGAUAGCGACUACGGUGCUCUGAUAGAUGUUAUACCAUUGUUGGAGUUGUUGUCGUUAUUUACAGCUGCUGCCAUGCACGACUAUGAUCAUCCCGGAAGAACGAAUGCCUUCUUAGUCGGAACACUGUCAGCUCAAGCUCUAUUAUACAAUGAUCGCUCUGUCCUGGAGAACCACCAUGCCGCUUCUUGUUUUACUCUCCUUAUGUCUGAUCCCAAAUACAACUUCUUAUGUGAGCUGAGCUCGUCAGAGUUCAAACGCUUUCGCUUUCUGGCUAUUGAAGCAAUACUAGCAACGGAUCUCAAGAGACACUUCGAUGUUCUUUCGGACUUCAAUGCAAAGAUUGCCGAAGGAGGUAUCAACUGGGACAACGAGGGAGAUCGCUUGUUGACGCUGCAGUUUUGCAUCAAAAUGUCAGAUAUCUCUGGACCCAGCAAAAGACGAGAUAUCCAUACAUUGUGGACGGAGCGUAUUGUUGAGGAAUUCUAUGAGCAGGGUGAUGAGGAGCUGUCUCGUGGUUUACCUGUAUCUCCAUACAUGGACCGCAACCAGCCUCACGUGGCGCAGCUACAAGAAUCGUUUAUUAACCAUUUAGUGGCUCCUCUGUAUAAUUCCUAUUCAAAUGCUGGGCUUCUACCAGGGACAUGGGUCGAGGAAGAGAACAGCAGCCCAGAGACGGAGUCUGAGGCCGAUGAUUCUAACGAAGAUACGCUAAACGCAAACGAGGAAGACCGAGAAAAAACGAAGAGAAAACGAAAACGAAGAAAGAUAGUCAGUGACUUGACUUGUAAUAUUCAGAGAAACUACAAAAUGUGGAGGCAAAAGGUAAAGGAGGCAGAGCGUGAAUUGGCAUUGAUCCAAAAGGAAGAGGACACGGACGACAAAAACGAUGAAGGUGAUGAAGAUGAUGACGAUGACAACCCUAUCAUUUUAUCUGAUACCCCAAUACAUGAAGACAUUAUAGAGGAGGAAGAGAAUGGAUCAGAGUCCAGUAGUACAACGGACAACCGAAAGGAACCUGAUGAUUAAUUUGGUUAAUAUGCAACAUUUGUAUCCUCAAGACCAAGUGUACAAGAGAAGAAUUCCUUGAGCGUUUUCUGAUCAGUCUCUCAGAAGUGAAUCGAUACAGGUGACUCCAGUUCUAAACUGGAAAGGUUAAAAAAGGUGCCAUUGGGUAUGGUAAUGUAUUUUUCUGUUACCUAAGUUAAUAUUUCUAUAGUCGUGACUUACAAUCAAGUGACUAGUUGCAAAGUCAUGUGACUCACAAUCAGUCGAAAGGCACAAUGUCAUGCAACUUGCAAUCAGGUGACUGGUUGCAAGGUCACGUGACCAAGUGUAGUUCAUCAAAGUUAUGUGACUUAAAGUCAUGUGAUUGUAUCUGACUAGUCAGUCAUGUGACUUUGACACAUGAAUAAACCUGGUAGUUCUGUUUUGUAAAUAGGUGUUAUUUGGUGGUGCGCAGUAUUUUAACCUUCUGGGUAAUGUUUUAUGGGCAGUAAUAUAAUUAGUAGAGUAUAAAAGAUGAAUAGCACUUGAAAACGUGCAAAAUAUAAUAUAUUGAGUAUGCAGUUUUAAAGAGCAGCAGACAGUUAACUUAUUUGGGUGUAUGUUACAUCUGUAGUCUUCUUUGAAGGAGCUCACAAUCUUGUUUUUCAUGAUACAAAUGCUUGGUUUUACGACGACACACUUUAUGGUCACUCAAGCACAGGCUGAAAAAGCAGCCAUCUUGUCAAAAUCGAUAGAAUAAGUAAGGUGUAGUAUUAUGUUUAAGGUAUAGUGUUACUUUUACCGCCAUUUGCAUUACUACGCGGCCACCCCAGACAAAAAUCGUGACAUGCACUUUGCAAUAGACUGCCGUCAAUCAAACACAUUGACGUCAUUUACACGCAUUUGGAAUUGACCGGAUAUGCCCGGUGAGUGUGGCUCAUAAUACUUGUAAACAAUCAACAAGUUUUGGCGCCUUUUGAAUCACACACGUGUAAAUGAUGCCAACAUGUUUGAUUUACGGCAGUCUAUUGCAAAGUGCACGUGAUUUUUGUCUGGGGUGGCCACGUAGCAAUGCAAAUGGCGGUAAGGUGCAGUGUUACUUUUAAAAUAAGACAUUUUACAAAGAUGUCAUUCGUAUUUUUAGAGGGUAAGUUUCCCCAUGGACUUAUCUUGCAUUACUUUUAGAAAUAAGGCUAACAGGAAACACUUGAUACCAAAAAUCAUAUUUUUAUCUGGAGCUACAUAAAGAACAGGUGGCAUUUCUAUAGUCGAUUUUUAACCUCAUGGCUAAGAUAACUUUUAAAGAAGUCUAAUUUAUUUGAUUAAAGUAACUCAUGUUUUAAACCAAGAUAAUGCAUAGGGUGCCUCAGUGCAAGUUGAAUAAUACCGAGGUUUAAAAUUGCAUGGACUGUUAAUGGUAUUUUCAAAUAGCCUAGUUAUAAAUGAAGCUAAGCCUGUGCAAAUGAGUUUGUAGUCUUCAAAACAGCGGUAUGCAUUGAAUGAAAUUCAGGUGCGUUGAAAGUGUUUCCAUGACUUUGUUGGGAAACAAAUUUUUUUCAAGGACACAUGACAUCCACUAAAGGUUACUUUGUUGAAUUGACAAUUCUAUGCUUCACUCAGCUAUUGAAAAUGACUGUAAGGCCUACACUGACUAAUAUCCUCAAACAGCUUGGGCAAAAAAUUACUGUUAAGGGAUUGAGCAUUGAGGGUUGACACUAAUAGCAGCUGUGUAGGAGACUACCAAAACAUUAGAUUUUUGAAUUUUCCAAAGAGAACAAAUGGGCAAAACUCUCAUUUCCGCCAAUUCUUUUCUUACAAACAUUCAUUUAGAGAAUUUAAACCACAUAUGCAUAAUCAAAUUUAUCGUAAGAAAAAUUGGGAAAAUAUUAGUGUUAGAAUAGCCGAUGUGCACAAGUACAAAUCUCUAGUCCUCUCAAAGCAUUCUGGGAAACUAAGUACUACACAAAUCAGAACAAGAAAAUCAAUAGAAUUAUCACAAAAAAUCUGUUAUUUUCGUCUAUUGAAACAGUUACAGUUUCAUAGAAAAUGUUGAAGGAAAAAUUGUCAGAGGGAUUUUUAGAGUAGCUGAAAAACCGUUAAGUACUCGGUUUACCAUCAUGCUUUGUGCUAGAGAUUUGUGCUUGUGCACAUUGGCUAUAAUAAUAGAUCUACAUGUAUAGAAAAUAGUGUUCCUAUUAUUAAUCUUGUAAAUACAUUCUGUCCAAUAACAAAAGAAAUUAUUGCUUUAUAAUGUAUUAUAAAAAUAUCAAUAACUUGGUGAAGUUUGCAUCCUUGUGGAUCGUUUAGGGUUUUGGAGUACUUUGUAUUCUUAAUAUCUCCACUGCUAGACAAAAUAACGCUAUGGUUAGUUUGUAGAUAGACAAUAAUCGAAACGUAGAUAAGGCACUCAGGUCUUGUGACCUUUGUAAACAAGGAAACUGACUAAAGCCAUCAUAAAAUCCUUAGUUCAGCUUAUCAUCUUUUUCUUGUAAAUUUAACACAUUGAAUCAGAAUAGACCCUUGCAAAUGUGUUGAGUGACCACCAGCAAACAAUAAAUUGCUCCAAGUCAAGGUUGGACUUGACAUACUACAGUUAGUAAGUGUAUGAAAAUAUAGAUUUGGAGUCAUUGGAGAAGGUCUAUUACUACAUUUUUCCAUAUUCUGUGAACUCGGUAGUUGAGAGCAGCCAAUGAAAUUUGUGUUUUUGCUGCUGGGAAUCAAAAAAAACCAGUUGGUACCUAUUAAAAAACUAUUUCCACAACAAGCCGUUGAAAUGUCCGAGUUUGCAGAAUAUUGAAAACCGCAGUAAAAGAAAUGUUUCUUCGAGCAUUUCUUAAACGUUCUGAAUUUAGUUUGAUUUCAAGAUGUGCACAUAAAAGCAAGAAAGAUGUGACCUGAGGAAUUUCAUGUUUUUCAGUGUUUCUUUGUUCACCAAGGCCUGAAGUUGCCAAUAGGUUUGUAGUGAGCGGCUGAAGCUGUGCUCAUAAUAGCACAGUAAGUCAUCAGUUUUAUUUUUCAACAGCUCACUGGGAUGGGGAAUUUGAAUGUAGCAGUACUAAGUAUUAAAUGUAUUAGUAAAUUGCCAAAACAAAACAAUAAGAAAGAUAUCAAUAUCAAUAGUUUAAAAAUCAGCCACAUCCUAAAUCCAUUGUUUGAUGUAGGUUCUUAAAUUCUUCGGAAAACCCAGAUUCUUAAAGCUGGGGGCGGAAUUGAUAUCAGGGUAGAACGGUGCUGAAUUAUAAACCCAGGAUAGGUCUUUAAUUACACGGAUAUAUUGUAAGCAGUCUAUUUCCAAAAGAACAAGGCAACAGUAAUCUACCUCUCCGAAUUCAAUGUAAUUUAGUAUUUCGUGUUUUGCAUCGAAACAAUGGAAUUUAGGGCUUAGUUGAUAUUUUAAACCAGUUCAAAUGCACCGGCUCGGUUUUGCAUUAGAAUUCUAAUGUGGCCUAUGGCCCUCGGUCUUGAAUUCUAAUGCAAAACCUCGCCUUGGCGUUUGAACCUUUAUAUAAGUCAUACUUAAAAUCAAAUGAGUAAUGAAAGCUUUCCCUUACAUUAUGCCUUUACAAUGACAGCCAUGAAAGAAAUAUUUUGGCUGCAAGGGACUCAUUCUGAAAUGCAUGAUUGUGAGGCUACUGAGGCAAUAGCUAUUUAUAGUUUCCUGCUUCUGUGGCAUCUGUAAUCUCUUGAUGACAUUGUCCAGGGUUUAGACUUUUAUCAAUCGAAAAAAUACCAAGUGUUGUAAGUUUGGAUACGUGGAAUCUAAAACUUGGGGAAAGAUGCCACCAAUGGCAUCGCUAAACUAUAAAAUGCCAGUGAUAAUUAAAUAUUGCUGCCAACUAAGUACUAGGAUUAAUUAUGAAAUUCUUUUAUCUCCCCUAUCUCAUUCCUAUGUUAGUACUAAUGUAACCAGCAGAAAUGUGCAGGCUAGGAUCUGACAACAGAGCAAUUUCAAAAAAGGUUCAUUUUGUUGCAUGUGGCACAAUGAUUACUAAGCUUGAAAUAUAUUAUGCUCCUAUGAUGUCAGCCAAUAAAACUUACAAACAAAGUUUGAGAAAAUUCCAUAUAGUUUUGAUCUUUCAUUGAUUGCACCCAUAGUGCAUUUCAAGCUUGGUAUGCAACGUGUGAGAAAACUUUACCGACGUUUUUUUGAAUAGCUGUAUCCCAAUUUCUGCUCAAAAAAGGGAUGUUACCUUACUAAUGCAAUGUCUUUGAUUAGACAACUAACUGUGCCCAUUGCAUGAGUACUGCACAAAACAUCCUUUCUUCCUGCUCAUCAGAAAGAUCUGUUCUUUCCGUGGAGAUUAAUUUUAACUAAUAACUGUGGCCAAAUAUAGAGCUUGAUAAAAGCAAGAAUAGUAGUUCAAAGAUUCUAGAAGGGAAAAAAUGUAGUCAAGUGAGCUUUAUAUAUUAUAUAUAUGUAUGUAUACAUAUAAAUGUGAAAAACAUUAUUCUGUAAUAUAAGUGUAUUAAGGUAUGAGUAUUGUGUUACUUGAAUCAUGACGUACUGUAAUUAAUAAAACACAUAAAGAAAUUGA